GUUCAAGGAUACAUCUUACUAGUCUUAUAUUCUGUAUAUGCCUGAUGGAUAGUUUUGAUUGACUAGAUAUUCUUGCUUUUAGCUAAAUGUUUAACAGGCUUCGACUCUUGAAUCUUUAGUAUCCGGUGUUCUCAUAACUGUAUUUCCGCUUACAACUUGACGAAGAUAGGUGAGAUGCAUAUUUAGUUGCCAACGAUAACUAUUAGCUAUAUAAGGGUCUAGUAAUAAUAUUGCGUUACAUGCGCUAAUUAAUAUAUUACACAGGUAGCCCACUUUCAUAUAUGAUGUUGAGACGCGAGACCAUCGCUGAAGACGUCAGUGACUAUAUUUGUUUUAAUAAAAAUGUAUUUAUUGUUGAAAGACCAUGAACUCCGUAAAAAUCUAACUUAUGUCCGCUUUUCAAUAAUGGAAUCACUGGUAAUAGUUUUCUUUUCUACACUGCUCUUCCAUUCUUCAGGUAAGGAAAUAAGGUUUGUUGGAGCAAUAAUAUGACUAAACAAGAACAAACAACACGUUACGGAUCAAGAUCACAUUCGGUUGUUUUCUAGAUGCUGGAACAUUCACUUGGCUACAUUCGGAUGAUACAGUGAAUGUUGUGGAAGGUGACACGGCAAAGCUCAACUGGAGUGUUCGUAUUAGUGCUGGUAAGACAUGGGUAGCCGUCAAGAUCUCAAGGGGCCUUAAAGAUGGUGCUGGUCCAGGAGACGUCGACAUGAUAUGAAGAAAGCCGUCUGGUGUAGAGCUACUGCUGCCCGAACGAGGUGCUGACAUGGACUUAGAUGUUCAAGCGAAUUUGAAUGUUCUUAAUAUUACUUUCUCGCUUCGUAAUCUAUCAAGGAAAGCUGACGAGAUGUAUUACAGAAUAACUGUGUACGACGAUGAUCCGGACAGUUCUGUAAAAAACACAAAGCUGAAUGUGGAUGUUCCUUCGUCGUGUGAAAUAUAUCCUGGUAAAAAUAUAACAGUUAAUGAAACAGACAACGUGUCACUAAACGUCACCACCACAGGAAACCCACCUGUUUAUGAGUACAUCUGGACUCAUCCUAAUGGAAGUAGACUGACCGCCAAUAGCACACUGAUAUUUACAGCCUCAAGACAAGAUACUGGGACAUACAAGGUUUCUGUGUAUAAUGGUGUUGGUGAUAGGAGUUAUUGCACACGUCAUGUCACUGUACAAUAUCCACCAGAUAGAAUCACGUGUAGUAACAAAACAGUUCUGGAGGGUGAUGAUGUCCAACUAGUUUGCAGUGCUAAUGGUAACCCACCACCUGAUAUGAUGUGGAUAAGAAAUGGAAAUAUUCAAGGCAUGGGGAGUACGUUACUAAUCAAAGGUGUAACAAAAAGCGAAGGUGGAACCUAUACUUUCUUCACCAACAACAGUCUUGGUUAUAAAUCAAUUGAAAUAUCCAUUACUGUGCAAAUAAGGAGUAAAUCACCAGAGAUAACAAAUCCGUACAAACAAGUAAUAUUGUUUAACGAGGGAAAAGACGUUAGUCUUGUUUGCAAUGCCAGUGGAUACCCAGUACCUAAUAUCACCUGGACGAAGCAUGGCACUGUCAUUGGUGUUGGACGAAUAUUCAAAACACGAGUAAAAAGGAACGAUUCAUCGUGUUACACGUGUACAGCAGAUAAUGGUAUUGGACACGCCAAGAAUGCCAGCAUAUGCUUAGAUGUGCAAUAUCCACCUUCAAACGUAAAAAUUACUCCAUCAAUUGCCAGUACAUUUUUAAAAGAGGGCGAUAAUCUUUCCCUGUAUUGUCAAGGUGACAGUAACCCAGAUCCCACAUACGCGUGGAGGCAUAGCGGAGAAUUGCUUACAAGUCAACAAAGCAGGUCAUUGAUUAUCAAGAACAUCAAUCAAAGACAAAAUGGAUUAUACCGAUGUGAAGCAAAAAAUCGCCUUGGGUUUGUUCUUUCAAAACCGAUUGAAGUCGUUGUACAAUACUUAGACCCUUUGGAAGUGAUUGGAUCAAGUAACAAGAGCUACAGUCAGUCCAAUCCACUGGUAUUGUUCAACCUUAGUAUCAACGCAUAUCCCAGUAACACAUCCCUGUCUUGCAGUCCUUCUGCACCGAAUAUAUUGACUACCAUCACCAGCCAUGAUGCAGGAUUAAAUGGAAAACAGUAUUUGGUAUUCGUUGUCAUCCAGAAUGAUGUGGACAAUGCUAGCAUUCUAUGUAAAGCUGAAAAUAGCGUUGGUGUACGAGAAAGGACAUUUUACAGACGACCGAUACUCUUAAAGGAAUCUUUUGCCGGCCAGUUUAGAUUAACAUACCCGAAAUGGCAGGAUAACCUUCAGGAUGUAAAGUCAGCAGGCUACAAUGAUCUUAAACAGAAGUGCAUCAAAAUAUUACAAGCUGCAUACUUAGGUGUACCAUAUUUGGCUGCCAUAAAAGUUAAGGAUUUCAUUAAGGGAAGCAUCAUAGUGCGGUUUGAGCUCGAAGUCAUCGGUCAAGUACCUGAUCCACUGCUGCCUUUGAGAGAGUAUAUUAAAACACAAGGAGAAGAGAUCAAUGGCUUACAGAUGGACUACAACAGCAUUCAGAAAUCAAGUGAACGACAUAUCACUUCAAGAGACAAGUUUUAAUGCUCCAGAUAACGAAACACCAAAUGUGCCAGAAUAUGAACCAAUAGGAAGGCGAGGAUUAUCAACAAGUAAUGUUGGUAUCCCAGAAUAUGAACCAAUAGGAAAGCGAGGAUUAUCGACGAGUAAUGUUGGUAUCCCAGAAUAUGAAGCUGUGACAACAAGAACACGACCACUUCAACCACAUUCUGGUGUACAGACGAAUAACCCCAUGCCUCAGUAUGAAAGUGCAGAUCAACAUGGACAAACAGAGGCUGUUUCAAAUCCACCUCCAGUCACCUAUCAGACCAUCCAACCUCGUACUGCUAACUACGAUUCACUGAGUCCUUCAAC